AUGCAGGCCUUCAGAAGAAGCGCAGCGCAAACUGCGCGCGCAGUCGCUCGUCAGCAAACAAAACGCUACGCCCACCACGAGGCCCCGGCCGCCGGCAGCAUCAAGUACCCCGAAGAAGAGAAGCUCGGAACCGGAUUCUUCAUGGCCAUGUCCCUCAUCCCGAUCGGCUACCUGAUGUUCCAGUUCGCUGGACCCGGCAACUACGAGCACAAAUACCUCACCCGCGUCAUCAACAGCUACGACGGAUACCGCAAGGAUGCCGCUCACAUCGCCGCUCUUCACACCGAUGCUCUUGAGCAGGCUGCUGCCGACCGUAACCUGUUUGCCAACACUCAGCGCGCCCAGAACGUCACGUUGAGAUUCCCUGAGAUUCUCAACACUGGAGCACCUCACAACGUGCCCGCCGGCCACUACGCCGACAUGUCACAGGUCAUCGCCAAGUACGAGAAGGAGGCAUACGAGGCCAAUGCAAAGAAGUUGCAGCAGAUCAAGGACAAUGCUGUUCCCAGCGAACAGCCUUUCAAGGGCAACCUUCCUACUGGUGUUGAGACCGUGUUGAUGUAA